GCUCUGGAAACUUACCUUAAUUUAAAACUUGUUAAUGAAGACUUUGACCGGUUUGCAAUUGCUAGACAAACCUGAACACAUUGGCUGAGGUGCUUUUAAAGAUGGUGUUUCUGCUAAAGAAUUAAAAUCAAAGCGAUCAGCUACUGUCUGGCUGCGCGCAUGCGCAGUCUGAGCUUCGGAGCCGCAGGGAAGCAGCGCUGGUAAGCAGCUGAAUGUCAGUUUCCCAAAAUAUGUUCAACCUUUCUACUUUAACAUUUUAUUUUAAAGCAGAAAUAAUGGGAGUUAUGUUUAUUUGCAUGAGCCCCCUUUAUGUUUGCUUUUUUUAUUUUUACGCACGUCCUUUUUUACGGUAUGGAUGCAUCCAACCCAAAUCCUUUUCGAUCUGAAGGAGGGGAGGAAAAUAUAUAUAUUUUUUCAAAUUAUCACUGAUGUUUUAAAUUCUUUAAACAAGAAAGCUCUGCGGCUGCAUUUUUUUUUACUACAGUGUCAAACAUGCUUAUGGUUGUGGGGAUAAGAUAAUAUUCAUUAAAUCUGCUUCUGCUGAAAUUGCGGCCAGACGGUAAAGAAGAGCCCACCGAUAUGAGCGGCAAAGUAAACAUGGAGACUCAGUCCAAAGAACCUGACGGCACACCUCCUGACCCAUCGCCCUCCUCUGCUGGUGAGACCAUCCUCAUCUGCGACAGCGUCGCCAAGAAACCCCGAGCCCAGCCCCACGCCACCACUACCACAGCUCUCCUCCUUCAAGCUCCUCCUGGUCACCAGAAAGUGGAACUGACUCAAGCCCUAGCAGUGGCAAACCCAGGGAAAGGCAGCAGACCAAAUGAGAUAGCUGGCCCCACCCUGACAGCACAGGUUGGGGGAGCUUGUAGCAUCGUCCAUGUCCUGGAGUGGAAGGAGGGGAUGGCCAUUCUGCCCAGUAGCAACCUGAAGUUCUGUGUGAGUGAUGUAGGGACUCUGAGCACACUGAUAGCCCCAGGGACCACCAGCACCCCCGCUGACCCAUCAGCAGGGACCUCUGGAAGAGCCAUCGAGGCAGAAGGCCCUCCAGACAAACCAGUCCCGGAAGUGUCUGUUCCUGUCAGUGCUGUGAGAGCUGCAGCUGUGGAGCCAGAGAGGCUGGUUCCUGUCAAACCUGAGGUCCAGGUGGGGGCAGAGCAGCAGAACCAUGACCCGAGAGCACAACGGGGCUAUGUGGAGGAGCUCCGAAGGGACCCCAUCCUGGACAAGAGGAGUGUCAGUGUGGAGAAGGUUCCUGCAGGCGGGAGGGUGUCCUCCCUGAACCCAGACCACCUGAAACCCAUGAGGAAGAGGAAGAGGAAGGAGUACCUGAGCCCGUCUGAGGAGGAUUCUGACAUGGAGUGCACGGAUGAGAAGAUGGAUUAUUCUAAAGCUGAUGGCCGGCACAUCAGAGGAGGAGGAGACAGCAAGACUGAGCAAUGGACGUGGGCUCAGUAUCUGGAGGAAACCAAAUCUGUUGCUGCUCCUAACAAACUCUUCCAUCAGGCACAGAGAGUUCCCACCGUGAAGAACGGCUUCAAACAGGGGAUGAAGCUGGAAGGCAUUGACCCGCAGCAUCCGUCUAUGUACUUCGUUCUCACUGUGGCUGAGGUGUGCGGUUACCGGCUGAGGCUCCAUUUUGACGGUUACAGCGACUGUCAUGACUUCUGGGUGAACGCCAACUCUCCCGACAUCCACCCCGCAGGCUGGUGUGAGAGCACCAGCCACAAGCUGCACACCCCUAAAGGCUGUAAGGAGGAGGAGUUCACAUGGACCAACUAUCUGAGGAUGACUAAAGCUCAGGUUGCCCCCAAAGAACUUUUUGCCAGUCCUGGCAGGAUGGAUGUGAAGUGUGGUUUCGAGACAGGAAUGAAGCUGGAGGCCGUCGACCGGAUGAAUCCUUCACUCAUCUGUGUCGCAACUGUCACAGACGUGGUGGACGACCGCUUCCUGGUUCAUUUUGACAACUGGGAUGAUACAUAUGACUACUGGUGUGAUGCCAGCAGCCCGUAUAUUCAUCCUGUCGGCUGGUGCCAGGAGAGGAACCUCCCACUAACACCACCCCAAGAUUAUCCCGACCCAGGCCAGUUUACCUGGACGCGGUACCUGGAGGAGACCGGUUCUAAGGCUGUGGCUGCUGAUGCCUUUAAAGUGAGGGCUCCUCACAGCUUCCAGCCUCAGAUGAAACUGGAGGCUGUGGACAAGAGAAGCCCCGGUCUGAUCAGAGUGGCCACAGUGGAAGAAGUAGAGACUCAUCGCAUUAAGGUUCAUUAUGACGGUUGGAGUCAUGUCUACGAUGAGUGGAUGGACUCAGAUCACCCAGACAUCCACCCAGCAGGCUGGUGUGAAGCAACUGGUCACCCUCUGAAAGUUCCCCCUCGGGACACUAAAAGUCAGCAACCGCACGGUGUGAGAGAGCCUCCCACUACGGGCCAGAACCCCUAUCCGACCACGGUUCCCUGCAAACCCAUCAGCCACCCCAGAACCAACAAGUACAGUUUCCACAACAGGAAGUGUCCGACUCCAGGUUGUGAUGGUUCGGGUCAUGUGACGGGCCGGUUCACGGCCCAUCACUGCAUAUCGGGCUGCCCGCUGGCGGAGCGGAACCAAGGAAGGCUGAAGGCCGACCUGUCGGAUUCUGAGUGCAAGAGGAACCUCUUCUUUGGCCAGAGGACUAAGAAAGCUCAUUACCGUGGCAGGAUUGGCCGUCCACCCAAAUACAGAAAGAACCAGCAGAGGGACUACCAGAGCAUGUCUUCAGACGGAGGCUAUCCGUCCCUCUUCAUGUCCGCUCUGAGCGGCCAAUCGGACCGAACCCUCUCUCUCUGCUGGGAGCAGCACUGUAAGCUGCUACCAGGGGUCCAGGGAAUCCACGCCAGCCAGGUGGCAACAUGGAGUGUUGACGAGGUCUUCAGGUUCGUCCAGAAUUUGAUUGGCUGUGAAGAUCAGGCUCGUCUCUUUAAAGAGGAGAUGAUUGAUGGGGAAGCUUUGCUGCUGCUCACCCAGACCGACAUUGUGAAGAUCAUGAGCAUCAAACUAGGGCCUGCCCUCAAGAUCUCCAAUGCCAUCCUCAUGUUCAAGACCACAGAUGAGGGGCUCAAGUGAUAUCACCCUCCCUCACUAGAGGAGAUCAUCGUGUGCCAAAUCCAUUCUGUAGCAGGGGAAAAAAAAGAAGAAACCCUGAAUAUGUUUUUUUUCCAUGUGUUUGGUGUCUUGUGCCCAUCAGAGAGAGGGAUGGGGAAAGGCUGGACUGGAUCAUAAAGAAAUAGAAGAAAAAGAUGUGUUAGAAAACAGUUAUAAUCUUUACAACUAAUGAGGAUUCCUGGGAU